GAGAGGGUCGGGUGGGUUGGCAGCCCUGCACCUCGCAUUCAAACCCUGGCAGGCGAGGCGUGGAGGCGUGCCGCGGGACGCGCAUGGACUCCACUGAAUUAUGUGAAGAAACCCAUCCAUCUGAGCGUCUGUGUGGCCAGGAAGCAUGGUGGAGACACUGGAGGGCCGUGUGUUGGAGGACUGGGCCAUGGCUCGCACCGCCUCGGGGGUCCCUUUCUACGUGAACCACAGUCGGGGAGUAACUCAGUGGGACCACCCUGAGUAUGUACGUAUAUUUGAAGAGAUCCAGGCAGUCAACUCUGUCAGGUAUGCAGCCUACCGCACAGCCUGCAAGCUGCGCCGUCUCCAGACCAGACUCAAGUUGCAGGAUGUGUCACUUCAGAACGUUGCCACAGCCUUUGACAAUGCCGGGCUGCGGGCUGCAGAGAACAGUGACCUUGUGGAGAUAAAGCAGGUGGAGCAGGUGGUUCAGAAGAUCAUCCGCAGUGCCCACAAGCACCGCCAUGGCCAGGCUGCCCUUGCUACGCAGCUCACCAUCAACCUCCUCCUCAACAUCUAUGACUUAGGACGGAGUGGCAUGGUGCAAGUGCUGGGGUGCAAGGUGCUGCUGGUGGUGCUGUGUGGAGGCCGCCUACAAGAGAAGUACCGUUACCUCUUCAACCAAGUGGCAGACCACAACAACUGCUGCACCAGACGCCGGCUUGCCUUCAUCUUGCGGGACUUGGCACGCAUCCCUGAACUGUUGUCUGAGCAGCCCUCCUUUGGCCUGUCCUUGGUAUCUGCAGCUGUAGAGAGCUGCUUCAAGGAUGUGGGAGGUGAGGUGGGCGUGACAGAGGAAGUGCUGCUGGCAUGGCUGCUGCAGGAACCUCAGACCCUCGUGUGGUGGACGACACUCUACAGGCUAACCGCUGCAGAGCUAGUGUGUCAUGAUGUGAAGUGUGGUGUGUGCAAGCAACGUCCCAUCAUCGGCCUGAGGUACCAGUGUUUGCGCUGCCUCGGCUACAACCAGUGCCAGGACUGCUUCCUGCAUGCUCGGACCUCCAGGGGCCAUAAGCUGUCCCACCCCAUCCAGGAAUACUGCCAUGAGACAAGUGGAAAGGAAUGGCGCCGUGCUCUGAUGAAGAUAAUGAAGCAUCGUUUGAAGAGCCGUCCAGAGUGUACUAAGCCACGGUACCUGGCCAUCCCCUCCAGCCCCACCCCAGCCUCUGACAUGAACAGAGUGUUGUGUGAGCCGCAAGGUAAUGUGUCCUGGAGUGAGAGCAGUGAGGAUGACCAGCACCAGGAGGACGAGGAGGAGGAGCUCUUCUCGCGCACCAUCCUCAACACAUCCCAUGAGAGCGAGGGAGAGGCAGGGGAGGACAGGGAGGAGGAUGCUGAGGUUCAGAGGAGGACAGAGCCAACCAUUUUGCCCACCUCCCCUCGCCACCAGAUUCACUCUGUCAUCAUACACCUUCAGGAGGGACAAAGGCAACUGAAGGAAGGAGCCUCGGGGAACGUGGUGGAGGUGCACAACCAGCAGCUACAAACACAGAUCAACAAACUCAAGCAGAUCCUUCAGAAAUUCAACUCUGGGCCAAGCCUGGAGCAUCGUAGCAGUGGGCGGCGAGCACAGAUGGCCCAUGAGGUGGGGAGGGGGCUGCCGCGCCUGGAGAGCACACCCAUCGUUGGGGAGCGUGGGCUGCUGCUCAACCUGUCCCCCAUCACCACACGCAUCUCACAUGAUGACACGGCGGUGCUGGACAACAAAGAAAACCACUUGGUUGAGAACCCGACUGGGACUUGCGUUAAGGAUGGAUGUGGUGCGGGAUCAACCAGGACUCCCUUCACUCCCCACCAGACCAACACUUGCAACCCUGCAGAUCAUAGUGAGGAAAAAACAGUGCCACAUGGGCCAGGACUACCCAGCUUUACUGAGGUCAACUUUAGUGACCUUACUUCUAUGACGAGUGCUGUAGGGUCACCUUCAGAGAGCUCUAGAGGAAUAGAAGCCAGACAAGUAGAUGAGGCCAAUGAGAUCAAGAAGGAGAUUGAGAAUAUUUUGCUUCAGCUUGACCAGAUCUUCUUGUCAGCAGAAUCACAGAGUGAGAGCAGAGCCCCUGCAGACAGUGAUGGUGUGGUGCAGGCUGCCUGUGAGCUGGGAGAUGUCCUGGCAGAGUAUGUGAGUGCUGUGCCUAGCCAGCCUGAUUGAAGAGUGCCUGGCAGCCUAGUGGGCCUGCAGCAAACUAAGUCUUCCUGGUAAUGAAAUAUUUUUUAUAUGUAGUCACUCAAUCUGUGUUUGUUCUACUAAUGUGUAGAAAAAGUACUUAGUAGGUGGUUGAAUUUCAAAAUAUAAAAAAUACUAUUGCAAAAUAUAUCAUCAUGCACUGUAUUUUUAGUACAUGUAAAAUAUGGCAAACUGUAAAUAGUUCAUGUAGUGCAGUGUACCAUCCAUGACUAACUCAUGAAGGCCUGAGUGAAGAAGGGAGUGAAAGACAGACUUUCGUGUGUGUGUGUGUGAAUGAGCGCAUGGUAAGACUCAUGUAAUCAGGGCAUGUAUGGACAGCUUUAGUAGGUCGUCAAUCCAUCACUCCAACCACAGCAUCUCAGAUGAACAAGCAAUGUGUUCAUAGCAGCUGCUGGGGUGAUAGUGAGUCAAAAUGGAUCCAUGGCAAUUAUUGUCAGCUCAUGAGAGGUAGUGCUGCAUUAUAACCCUUGCUGGGCUAUGUGGUCUUGGUUGCCUAGCUGUUUUGUGAUACCCAAGCUCCCACCAGUGUUACUCGGGUAAUUCACAGAGCCAUAGGAACCUAGUGAUUAACCCUUACCAUCCGUGACACAGACGUCGACGUCACAAUAUGGAAAGGGUCAAGAGGAAAUGGAAGAGGAUUAAUCCCCUUCUAAACCUCUCAAUCCUCCUCUUAAUCCUCUUCCAUUUCCUCUUAAGAGGUUUAGAAGAGGAUUAAGAGGAAAUGGAAGAGGAUUAAGAGAUUUAGAAGAGAACUAUACGGUGAUGCCGUUAGACACCCGUCGGCGUUGCUGGAGUGAAGGGGUUAAUGUUUCAUUUGUAUCACGAUUUCUCGGACUAAACAAAAUGUUGAAUGUAUUCAAUGUACAAUAAUUAUUUGGCAUUAGAAUUGUUAUACUAUCUAAUCCCGAAGCAUUUAUAAAUUUACCUUAGUGCUACCGGUUUAAAGCAGUAUCCAACAUCAGGAUUAACCACUCAUGCCGGUGAUCCAGGCUCAUGGUACCAUUUGUCAUCCCACCCACAACUCAUUCCUAUCAAGCUCAAUCCCCUCUCCUCUUAACACCCAUUCCGUGCUCUGUCAUGUCUUGCGUUCUUGUGAUCACUUGUAUGUCAGAUGUCUUUGUAUAGUUAUAUUGUUUUUGAAUAUUAAUUUUAUUUAAACCUCUCAUUUAUGAAACAUGGUACAUCCAAAUGACUGGUAAAAGGCUUCACUUAAAUUAGUGUGAUGUCAACUUUGGGCAUUCAAAAGUGACUUGCUUUUCAUUAGUGUGAAGAUUCCAGGAAUUUCCAGUUUGAUUUGCUGAACCAGUUUCAAUAAAUAAGUGGUUAAUUGAUUAUAAUUAUCUUACAAGUAUUGAAUAUUGUUUUCACCUGAUUAUAUUUUUUAACUUGACCAAAGAAGAUUUUACAAAUCAAAUUUAGUUUAUUUUACAUACAUGAAAGAUGAUUCCCUUAGUAUUAUCCCAUCUGCACACAAGAUUUUAUGUGAUACACUUGGUGUUGGUUGAUAUUAUAUACUUUGUAUUUUUAAUUUUCUUAUCAGAGAAUAAAACUAACAGACCAGUUUUGGUUGCUAAUUACUAACAAACCCCCAAAACAACUUCAUGAAGCUGGUGAAAAAUAAAAGUUCAAGGAUUGUGUAAAAUGAAGCUUUGUAUUUGGAAUCACUAAUAAUCUUUGACAGCUCCUGAACAGCCAUUCUGUUCCUGAGAUAAGGGUUCCUUCCCUCAGACCAUGGAAAAUGUAUUGCCUAUCUAUACAUACAAAUAUACAAGCGUUACAAAAAGUGGUGUAUCUCAAAAAUCUCAUUCACUGCUGCUCCCCAUAGUAGCCAUAACCUAUAAGACAUUCACAGCAUGAGCCUUUUCCUUCCUUUCAUUCACUUUGAGUCUUAACAAAAUUAACUUUCACAUACUGAUUUUUGGCUGUUGUGGGGAGACAUCACCAGGAGUGAGUCAGGUGAGAUACAAGAAAAGUCAGUUGCUUGCUUUUCCAGACAACUUCCAACAUAAGUCUAGGAAGCAUGGGGCCAUGCAGUGCUACAAGAGCUCAACAAGUAACACCCCUUUACCUCCUUCACAGAUUAACUCUACUGGGGUCACUGCUGGAGAGG